UACUCCUUUGAUUGUCUGAAAUAGGUUUUGUAUUUGUUAAAUUCUGCAACUUUCUUUAUUUUUUUGAUGAUUCGUUAGGUCGUAGAGAUUGAAGUCCCGAGCUCUUUUCUUGUUUUAUUAUGAUUUUUGUAAGCCCUAGAAUUAUAUCAUUGACCAAAAAAAUAUACAGUUAAGAUUCUCUGCGUUCUUGUGUUAAUUUCCUGUUCUUCUUCUUUUUCUACUGCUAGUGAAUCUUGGCUUGUUCAUAGUUAAAUUGUGUGUAAAGAUGCUGUCUUUAGCAAGGUACAGUGUUAAAUUUUGGACCUUUUUUCUUGGUAGCUCGAUAUUUUAGGUUGGGAUGUUUGUUUGCUUUUGGAAUCUAGAAUCAGGGUGUCCAAAUGCGAAGUUGCAAACCUUCACUUAUUUGUUGAGUGAUUUGGGAUUGGUGGUUUGGCACCAUGUCUACUUGAACAUCUUAUUAAUAAAUUAUGCAAAUUUAGUGUUUGAAGUUAUUUUUGUUUGGGAGCGAAGUGCAAACAUGUUUAUUCAUGUGAUGUGAAGUGGACGAAUCAUUAUUAUAGCCUUUUUUUGUUGUUGCUCCUGAUAAAGGAUAAACAUCAGUUGGAAUGUAAGGUUGUUGUUUGGUACACCUGAACUAUUUAGAGCAGCUGGAACUGAAAACACGAGAAGUUAGCCUCAUCUGUCUUAAUGCGUUGAGGAGCCACCAUUAAUGUCGGACAGCAUAUAAAAUUCUGUUCUUGCUAAUAGUUAACAUUCACUAUUGUGGUAACAGUAAAUGUAAAAUAAUUUGUUCUCAUUGGAAAUUACUAAUGACAUUAUAGAGCGGAAUCUUGGAUAAUCAACUGAUGAUUUUUACUGAGUCAAUUAAGAUUGUCUAGAAUAUUUAAGAAGUAUUAAUGCUGUCCGUACAGCGUGAAUUCUUAGUUCUUGUUUGUUUGUGCCUCUUUCAAUCACAAUUGCAAUGUCAUAACAUUGGGUGUCACGAACAAAUUGCAAUGGAGCUGGCACUGUUAGUUUCUAGAAAAGUAGCAAAAUAGCUCAAAUUUGUAGUUACAUGGGAAAUUAACUGAUAUUUGGUAGGUAUUAAUGCUUCCAGCAGCCUAUUGGAUAGAAAUACAUGAGUUAGGUUUUAGGUAUUUCGUAGUCACUGCAGAAGUUUGCAUUUUACCUUGUUCAAUGAAAAGCCUUUAUCUUUGUCCUUCCAAUUUGAAUAUCAGUGAGAAUAGUAUAAAAACUUCAACUUUGACAAUGAAAUUUGAGUCACGCGGGCUGGAAAAUGAGUGGAGGUAUUUGUGGUUUGGUUCUGCAUAUAGAAAGCUCUAUCUGCAGGCAAAAACCUCUAAAAAGGGGCCUUUUCUAUGCGUAACAGCCAAAUUGACCAUGAAAAUUAUGAAACAGCUAUGUCAGAUUCAUAGCAUAUUGGCUCUGUUGACUGAUCUCAAUAUGCAGGCACUUGUUGUUUUAAGGAGAAUGGGAAGUGAUGGCGCUCAGAAAAUCCCAGGGACUGAUGUGGCUGAAGGUUCAGAGACGACUAUUGAAAUAAAAUUAAAAACAUUGGACUCACAAACCUAUACUUUAAGAGUGGAUAAACAGAUGCCGGUUCCUGCUUUAAAAGAACAAAUUGCCUCUGUCACAGGCGUGUUAUCAGAACAACAGCGACUAAUAUGCCGUGGAAAAGUUUUGAAGGAUGAUCAACUGCUGUCUGCAUAUCAUGUUGAAGAUGGGCAUACCCUGCAUCUGGUGGUCAGGCAACCUGUUAUUCCUUCAUCUGAUGGCUUAUCCAACCAUUCAGCAACCGAUCCUGCGUCAAGUACAAGCCGUGGUCAUGUGGCCCCUAGUGUUGUUAUUGAAACUUUCAGCAUGCCUGACCAAGGGGAUGGAGUUCCUCCAGAGAUCAGUAGGAUUGUUUCUGCUGUUCUUGGUUCAUUUGGAUUUCCAAAUAUUGGAAGUGGCGGUGAAGGAGUUGAUGUUGCAAGGGAGCGUGACCAACAUAGAUCAGCAGCUGCUUCACCAGAGGCAGCCCAGCUGCAACCUGAACAAGGCAGCAGGAUUCAGUCUGAUAGAUCACAAAGUGUUUUUGGUCUUCCAACGGCAGUUUCUCUUGGGUCUCUGCAUCCACCUAUAAUUCCUGAUUCCUUGACAACUUUGUCACAAUAUCUGAGUCAUAUGAGGCGUGAAUUCAAUACUAUUGAAAGAGGUGGGGAAAAUAUUACUCAAGCAGAGGCCACACGGAGGGAUGAGCAAAGAGAGACUAAUUCUACAUCAAGAUCAGGAACCGGACAAGAAAGGCUUCCCACACCUGCAUACUUGGCCGAAGUGAUAACAUCUAGCAGACAGUUUAUCAAUGAACAAGUUGCAGAGUGCUUACAACAACUUGCAAGACAACUAGAGAAUCAAGCAAACGUUACUGAUUCUGCAGCACGGUUAAACAUUCAGUCUAGUGCAUGGAGGACUGGAGUUCAACUUCAUAAUUUAGGUGCAUUUCUACUUGAACUUGGACGUACAACAAUGACUCUACGACUAGGUCAAGCACCGUCUGAAGCUGUGGUUAAUGCUGGUCCUGCAGUUUUCAUAAGCCCUUCUGGUCCUAAUCCUCUAAUGGUUCAGCCUCUUCCUUUUCAAACAGGUGCAAGCUUUGGUGCCCUCCCUCUGGGAUCAGUACAGCCUGGAUCUGGUUUGGUUAAUGGUAUCGGUACUGGAUUUCUCCCAAGGCGGAUUGAUAUUCAAAUUCGACGAGGUUCUUCAACAGCUUCAACAAAUGUCAAUCGUGAGGAACAGGGUGAUACUCAGCAGCCCUCAGGGCAGAGAAACCCAGGAACAGGUUCUGGUGGUGAAAAUCUUGGUAAUCAAACAGCAUCAAGGGCCACAGAGGCUUCAUCUUUUGGUGGAGACUCUGGAGUGAGGGUUGUGCCAAUUAGGACCAUGGUUGCAUCAGUUCCUGGUCAAUUCGGUCGCCUCCCUUCUGAUUCUUCUACCAACUCUAUAGGGUUAUUCUAUCCUCUUCUUGGAAGAUUCCCACAUGUAGCUUCACAUGUGAGUGGUGCACGGGGAUCUCAAGCAUCUGGUGAGCAUCAUCCUGCCGGAGUCCAAAGAGAUCAGCAGUCAAUUUCUGAACCUGCUGUGCAGCGAGUAAAUGCUGAACCUCGCACAAGAGAUGGAUCAUUGCCAAAUUCCAACUUAAGACAGGAGCCUUCUAGUACUCGCAGUAUAAAUAUCAACAUUCUGUCAGCUGGUGGGACCCAAAACAGUCCCGAGUCUGAGAGACAGAACAGUAUCUUGCAGCUUCUAAGAAAUCUCCUCCCAGGUGGGGAAAUCCAUGUGGAGGAUGCAGGCCUACAGGGAACAGCCACUGAGAAUGCAGGGGCAUCCACUGCUCAUGCUGAAUCACAAUCAGGAGUUACCGAUGAAGGAAUAUUUUUGUCGAAUUUACUUCGUGAAAUCAUGCCCGUGAUAUCUCAACAUGGAGUUGCAGAACCGAAUGUUGUUCCUCAGGAAGAUGCACGUGCUUCCGAUCAUCAAAGAGCUCAAGAUUCUUCCACCCAAGCUGAAACCUCUAAUGUUGGGUCAUCUCGUCGCCAUAGUGAUACUGAAGCUAGUCCUCCUAAUUUAAAACGUCGAAAGACAGAGUGAUUUAACAUGAAGAAAGAGGAUUUAAGCAAUGCUGAAGUUGUGAUUAAUGAUGGCAGGGGAUUUAAAUAGUUCUAUUUGUUGGACAGGUGAAUACUAUCUUGUCUUGUUUUCAUCAUUGCAAACAAGAUGGCGUGAGAUUUUAUAGGCAAUAUCUUGAGAAGUAAUACUUAGUUUUCUUUCAAUAACUUGUAUCAUUCUAGGCAAUCUAGCCCUGCAUUACUUCUGGUCUGGAUUCUAUCUUUCUAUAGGUCCAUAUAAUAUUUUUUUCAAGGGCGCUUUAUAUUGAAUGAAGCUCCCCCAUCCGCCCCUCUUUUCUGUCGAUAAGAGCUGUAAUCUAUGUAAUUGGUAAAUUUGUGAAGGUUGUCGAUCCUCAUGCUGAUGGAAAUGCUUGUGAAACUUGCAUGAAGGUGUCACCUGGUGUUUGGUAUGAUUUUCUUUAAUCUUAGAUUGAGUGCAUUGGUGAAA